GCAUUCAGCAAAUCCAAGAACCGCCUCCCCUCCCUCCGCUGCUCCCGCCCCGUGCUGCCUCCCUCUCACACGCAGCCUGUCCGGUAGGAUGGGACCAGCAGCCAGAUAUCCAUGCAUGCCUGACCGCUAGUCUACUUCCUGGAUGGAAGAAUAGGGCAUUUCCAGCACCACUUUUCUUCGCGUUGUGCACUGCUCUUAGUCACGCUGGCGACGCUGAUAUUCCUCUAAUAAUGACUACGUGUAAUCAAUAAUAUUCGACCACUUUUUCCUGUAGUUAAAGGCAGCGACUGAUCGCCGAUUGACCCCUCCACACUUCGGGAAUGUCGCUAUCUGGAAGCCCGCUACAGGCACGGCGGAGCCCAGCAGAUUUUGAACUGUUUUUGCACAGCUGUGGCGUGCGUAACGUUUUAUUCCUCGAAGCGAAAAACAGCCCCUGCUCGGACUGGAGGCGAAUAAAUCUGUCUUUUUAGAAAAGCAGUGACUCUCUCGCUUAACCGCUAACCAGUACUUUGAUGCUCUGCCUUCGUGGCUGCUGUGCCAACUUCGUUUUCAGCUUCGGUCGUGUUUAUGUGAAUUUUUUAAAGAAGAGAAGAGACUCAAGAAACUUUGACACCCGUUGCCGUCUUGUUACUCUCGAUGAGUAGGCUAACAUGCGGAGGAUGCGGGAACCGAGUUACUGGUGGAUUUUAUCCUUAAUGUUUUUAACCUUGCCCAAACACAAAGACUGUCAUCCUGUUGCAUCAGGUGGCCAGCCUUACCACGCUGGAGACGGGCACCAUGGGAGCACAGGCGUAAUGAGGGAGAGGAGGGCAGCUGGUGACCCCUAUUGGUCCUAUUCAGGAAGCCAUGGACCUCGAGGCUGGGCAACCUCAUACCCAGAAUGUGCUGCGAAGAACCAAUCACCUGUGGACAUUGCAGAUGAACAAGCUUUGGUUUCAGAAGAGUACCAGGAGCUGGUGCUUGAGAAGUUCAACAUUGAGUCCUCCAACCAGACCACCAUGAAAAACACAGGAAAGACAGUUGCUGUUCUCCUGAAGGAUGACUACUUUGUGAGAGGUGCUGGUCUGCCGGGGCGUUUUAAGGCUGAGAAGAUGGAAUUUCACUGGGGCCAGAGUAAUGCAUCAGCAGGCUCAGAACACAGCAUAAAUGGCAGGAGGUUCCCUGUAGAGAUGCAGAUCUACCUUUACAAUUCCGAUGACUUUGACAGCCUCAGCGCUGCCAUCAAGGAAAGACGCAUCAUUUCCGCCAUGGCUGUCUUCUUUGAGCUGGGGCAAAAAGACAAUCCUGCCGUGGAUCCCAUCAUCCAGGGACUGAAAGGAGUAGUGCAUCAUGAAAAGGAGACCAACCUCAGGUCAUUCAUCCUGAGGGACCUGCUGCCAUCAUCAGUGGACGGUUAUUACCGAUACACUGGCUCUCUGACCACGCCGCCCUGCAGCAAGGUAGUGGAAUGGAUCAUCUUCUCCAGGCCUGUGUAUCUGUCCUACUCACAGCUGGAGGCCUUUUACUCCAUCUUUACUACAGAGCAACAGGACCACGGGAAGUCUGUUGAGUACCUGAGGAAUAACUUCCGACCUCUCCAGGCCCUUGACAACAGGAAAGUCUUCAAGUCAGCUGUAAAAGACGCAUGGCAGAAAGAUUUAACCGAGCUUGUGGGAAGCCCUCAUAGCACUGAGGCUUCGAGAGUGUGCAGUAGUGCCCCCGUGAGCAUGAAGAUCCAGCCACUGAACCAGACAGCAUUGAUUGUGAGCUGGGGACGCCCCCUGACCGUCUACCACCCACCCAUCACCAGUUACAUGGUCUCCUACAGCUGGGAGAAACGUGAUGUUGCUGAUGAAAACACCUUCACCAAGACCGGGGACCAGAGCAUGAAAGCGGUCAUCACUAAUGUGUCCCCUGACGUCCUGUACCUGUUCAGAGUGCAGGCGGUGUGUCAGCACGACCUGCGCAGUGAUUUCAGUCAGACACUGCUGUUCAGAGCAAACACCACAAGAAUAUUUGAAGGAUCUCGUAUUGUGAAGACUGGGAUGCCUACGAUUUCCCCAGCGUCCUCGGCAGACAUGGCUCCCAUUAGUUCUGGUUCCUCCACUUGGACGUCCUCUGGCAUCCACUUCUCCAUUGUCUCCAUGGCAACAGGGACGGGCCCUUCCUCGAGUGGCAGCCAGGCCACCGUGGCAUCAGUGGUGACAAGCACCUUGCUGGCAGGCUUGGGAGUCGGUGGCGGGGUCAUCUCAUCUUUGCCAAGUUCUGUUUGGCCCACACAGGCCCCCCAAGCCACUCAGAACCCUUCCCGUUCAUCCACCCCGCCUGCAAAGUCCAGCACUGAGCCAGCUGCGCCCCAGGGCUCUGACACAGACGCCCAGUCUGAGGACAAGCAGGCUGCACGUGAGGGUGAAGGGGAGGAAAAGGAGGAGGAGGAGGGUGAGGGAGAGCAGGAGGACCGUGAGGAUGAGAAGAAGAAGAAGAACAAGACUGCUCCUGGUCAUGAGGAAAAGCAAGCGAACAGCACCGCGGCCAAGGAGCCUUUAGUCCCCACCCCUGCCUCCACAGCCAGAGAGAAAGGAGAAGGGAAGCCGACAGUCAAAGGUGCAACAGUACCUGCAAGCACUGCCCAUGACCAGUUGUUCAGCGUAGAGGAUAAACACACAGACGUGAAUGCAGUGUCCACUCGAGAGCCUCGUAAUGACAGUGCAGAGAUGCAGAUUCCCCAGAGCUCCACACUGUCUCCAAAAAUCAAUGAUGAUGGAAAGAGUCGCUGGCCUUUCUCCGUUCACACUGACAGGACCGUUCUGUCCAACGUGACCCGAAGCCCUCACCCAGGAAUGGGCAGGAUGGUGUGGAUCGUCCCUUUGGUGGUGGUGUCGGCUCUCACUCUGCUUUGCCUCAUAAUGCUGCUGAUUGUGAUGGUCUACUGGAGGAGAUUUUUCCAGACAGCUCACUUCUAUGUGGAGGAGAGCAGCUCUCCACGAGUGGUGGCCAAUGAGAAUAUACCGGUCAUCCCUAUACCAGAUGACAUGGAGGCCAUCCCUGUUAAGCACUUUGUUAAACACAUCAUGGAGCUCUACAAGAACAACCUGCAGGGUUUCUCUGAAGAGUUUGAGGAGGUCCAACGCUGCACCGCAGACCUGAAAAUCACAGCAGAACAUUCCAAUCAUCCUGACAACAAGCACAAAAACAGAUACAUCAACAUUGUGGCCUAUGACCACAGCAGGGUGAAAUUACGAGCUCUGGCAGGGAAAGAUGCCAAACAUUCAGAUUACAUCAAUGCCAACUAUGUGGAUGGCUACAACCAGCCCAGAGCUUAUAUAGCUGCCCAAGGUCCUCUCAAGUCCACAUUCGAGGACUUUUGGCGGAUGGUUUGGGAGCAGAACACUGGAAUCAUCAUCAUGAUCACUAACCUGGUGGAAAAAGGCCGAAGGAAAUGUGACCAGUAUUGGCCAACAGAGAACAGCGAGCAGUACGGAAACAUUGUGGUGACGCUGAAAAGCACCAAAGUGCACGCCUGCUAUACACUGCGGCGUUUCCUUAUAAGGAACACUAAAGUUAAAAAGGGUCAGAAGGGGAACCCAAAAGGGAAGUUAAAUGAGCGCAUCGUGGUACAGUAUCACUACACUCAAUGGCCUGACAUGGGCGUACCAGAGUACACGCUCCCCGUCCUCACCUUCAUCAACCGCUCAUCGGCGGCUCGCACUGCAGACAUGGGCCCUGUCCUUGUGCACUGCAGUGCAGGGGUUGGGCGCACAGGGACGUACAUCGUCAUUGACAGCAUGCUACAGCAGAUCAAGGACAAAGGCACAGUCAGCGUCCUGGAUUUUCUCAAACAUAUCCGCACACAACGCAACUACCUUGUUCAGACUGAGGAGCAGUAUGUUUUCAUCCAUGAUGCUCUGAUGGAAAACAUCCUGAGCAGAGAGACAGAGGUGCCCGCCUGGCAGCUGCAUAGUUAUGUCAACAGCAUCCUCACACCCAACUCGACAGGCCGUACACAACUGGAGAAGCAGUUCAGGCUUCUGACUCAGUGCAACACACGCUUUGUGGAAUGCUUCAGUGCCCACAAAGAUAGCAACAAGGAAAAGAACCGCAAUUCCUCAGUGGUUCCCUCGGAGCGAGCAAGGGUCGGACUCACCACUCUGCCUGGGAUGAAAGGAACAGAUUACAUUAAUGCAUCCUACAUAAUGGGUUACUUCAGGAGUAAUGAGUUCAUCAUUACCCAGCAUCCUUUGCCCCACACCACCACAGACUUCUGGAGGAUGAUUUGGGACCAUAAUGCUCAAAUUAUCGUCAUGUUGCCUGAUAACCAGGGCCUGGCUGAGGAUGAAUUUGUUUACUGGCCAAGCCGGGAAGAGGCCAUGAACUGCAUUGCCUUCACUGUUACGCUCAUCAGUAAGGAUAGACUGUGCCUCUCCAAUGAGGAGCAGAUCAUUAUCCAUGACUUUAUCCUAGAGGCUACACAGGAUGACUAUGUCCUGGAGGUGAGACAUUUUCAGUGCCCUAAAUGGCCCAACCCUGAUGCUCCUCUCAGCAGCACCUUCGAGCUCAUCAGUGUGAUCAAAGAGGAGGCCAUGACUCGAGAUGGUCCCACCAUUGUGCACGAUGAGUAUGGAGCUGUGUCUGCAGGCAUGCUCUGUGCCCUCACCACACUGUCCCAGCAGCUAGAGAAUGAGGGUGUGGUCGACAUCUACCAGGUGGCUAAGAUGAUCAAUCUCAUGAGGCCUGGAGUCUUCACCGAUAUAGUAAGUUUUCUUUUUUUAUGUCAAAUACAAACAGGAUCAGCUAACUCUGAAGCCCCCCUCAGCUCUACAGAGCAUCUUACCAUCUUUCAGGAGCAGUACCAGUACCUUUACAAAGCCAUGCUCAGCCUGGUCGGUAACAGAGAGUGUGGCCUGAGCCCCAUGCACAUGGACACUAAUGGGGUGGCGGUGAUCGCGGACGAGUCGGACCCUGCAGAGAGCAUGGAGUCGCUCGUCUGAGGACAUUCCUACAGGCACUUAAUUUGUAAAAACUUUUCUGAGGCCUUUUUUGCCAGACUAUUGAUUAAAUGAAUAACCUUAUUACUUUUUAUACUGAUAAAAGUUUUUUGAUAUUUAUGUUUUUGUCCUUUAUUUCUUGUCUUAAAUGUUAUACUGCUGAGCGUUUGCACCUGUUUAAGUUGACGUGAGGAAAAAGCAGCUCUGUCCAGUUUGCACUAUCCUAUCAGUGUUACUGCCUAAAUCCAGUGAGUGAAUAAGUUUCACAGUGAAAUCCUGGCAUCAUGACACAACUGGGACCUUGGACCGCAUUGAGACAAACCUGAAGCUUGAAGACCAGGAUGAAUUAUGGCGAUCUACUUCUAACAUUGUCUCAAAAUAAAAUAUUGCAUCACAACAUAGCCCAGCAUGCAUUAUGUCAUUUUGCCACCUCGAUCAAACUAACUGUAUCGAGGCUCCACUCCACACAGGUGAAGCUUUUUAUCACAUGUUAAGAGACUAUUACCUGCCUAAUAUUCAUAUAUUGUCCAAAUAUCUCACUGCUGUCUUGUAUGAUAUACUUAUGGCUUAUUUUGUGUGUUAGAACAUCUAAUGUGAACAUUUAUUGCUUUUUACAGGGAUUUAUAAAUUUAUAUUGUUACAUUGUUUUGUGUGUGUGUGUCUAUAUAUAUAUAUAUAUAGACACACACACACACAAUAGCCAGCCUUUUGUUUUUUAGUACUUUUGCUUUUGAUUCUAUAGCUUGUCAUCAGUAAUCUAUAAAGCUCCAUUUUGUUUUCAUCAUUUUGUUCCAGCUUUUUGCAGCUUUUCUAACCUCAAAGUUCAACACAAAUAUAAGGGGUAUCUGUAUUGUCCCAGUACAAUGUCUGCAAAAAAAAAAAAAAUGUUCUCCCCACAAAAACUUGCGUGUUUUAUAACAUUAAACCACAGUGGAUGUAAUUAAGAUUCAUUUUUGACACUGAACAAUAAAGGAAUCAAAUGCCUACAAAUUGAGCUAAAAUAAUUGCAAACAGAAAACCAAUCAAAACCAAAAAAAAAUCAGUCACAAAGAUAUUCAACCCCUUCAAGACAAUAAUUUCUAAAACAGCGCGAGACUCUGAGUCUUCAUGAAUAAAUUUGUAAAUCCAGGCAUGUUUAUGUCCAUUUUAAUGAAGACAAUGAGUGAGAAAAAAGUCCGAACUGGACUGAAGUCCAGACUGUGACUCAGACAUGCCAGAACAUUAACACAUUGUUCCUCUAAAGACAUUGUUGUGUAGCUGAGGCUUUAUGUUUCAUCAUUGUUCUGAUGAAAAAUAAAUGUUCUUGCAGUUCUCUCAAACAAAUCCUGCAGGAUUUUUCCAUACUUUACUGCACUUGCUUUAAGCUCUGCUGAAGAGAAGCAUCCUUGUCCAGAGCUCUCCAGGCCUCUUUCUGGUCUCGCUAGUGCCCCUUCCUCCCUUCCUCGCACUCAGACCUUUGAGUUGUGCCAGACUUUUCCAUUCCUGUAAUUGUGCUAGUGACAUCCAGUGCCUUACAUCCUUCCUCUAAUUAGUAUUUUGAAGUACACUUGACAGAUUUGUUUGGAGUGUUCAUUGGUUUUCAUGAUGCUAGGAAAUUGACAAAACAGACUUUGGGCUGCAGGUAUGUUUUACCUGUUUAGCCUAAAAUGUCUGUGUUCUGAUCCGUGUAAAAAAAAACAGAAAUCCUAAUUACAUUCACUGUGAUUCAAAGUUGUAAAUAAAUACAACAUAAAAGAAAAAAAGUCCAAAGGAGGUGAAUAUUUUUUGUAUGCAUUGUAGUGUUUUUGUUUGUUUGUUUUCUUUUGUUUGGUGGGGUGGGGGUGGGUUGAUGCUUUAUUUGUAACCAAAGAUGUGGUUCCAGUUUGCAACAUGUAAGUGGUUUUGUCUUGAGAUCUAUUUAAUCAACUAGAAUUUAAAAUCAAAAUGGUUAAUUCUUGCAGUACAGAUGACCUGUGUCAGAGAUGUGAAUUUAACAGUUCAGCAUGUUUCUGUUCUCAGGAUUACAGACGGUAAUCUGAGUACAUGAAGCUUUCCUCACAUUAGACAAUGACAUAUAACAUUCUGACUGUAAAAUGUAUUUUAUUCGGGCUGAUGUUCUGUUUCCGCACUAUUUUGUGGCUGUUAAUUAUAAGCCCUUUUCAAUCCUGA